AUGACUUCGGAGCUCUGUAUUCCAAAGACGUCUUCCCUAAAAUCGUCACCGCGAACCCCUCCUCCUGCUGCCUUUGCGCAGGACGGUAUCAAAAACUACUUCCGACACCGAUCUGAAUCGCCCACCUCUCCUGCCCUGUCGAGCGCCUCCACCGCCGAAGGCGAAGCUUCCCCCGAGCUUCCGCCCUUGCCUGUCCCCAGACUUCCUCUUCGGGUUCAGGGUAUUCUGAGAACUCCGCCCACCAUCUCCGUGAACGAAGACGAGGUCGACGGAACCCGCUGGGGCUCCCCUUACCCCCCAAACUUGCGAGCCGAGAAUUCGAGCAGUGACGACGACGACGACGACGACGACGACGCCUCCGAAUCUGAGGGAGAUCCCAUCCAUUCCCUAGCGCUCCAAACUCGCUUUCUGCGCCCCGCCCCGCCAACCCAACAAGACAGUCCCUCCGAGUCUCGGUCAUCCCUCCUUACCGGAGCCGCAAGCGUCCUCGCCAAUCGCGCAAGACGUCUUGUACACGGAAUCACAGAGGACUGGAUCCGUCAGCAUACAGCUCACGGUAGCGAGCGGGAGAAGCUGCAUUGGCUUAGCGACGGCAGCGGCGAUAGUGAGAACUCUUCACUGAGCGACUCAUUUCCGGCAAGCAGAUCCAACAUGGCGUCUCCGAUCGAAAUGACAGCGCAGCCCGACGUCACUACCGCGAGUGACCGUGCUUCUUCGCUUUCCCCAUUUCCCGAACGAACAUCCUCCAUCAGAUCUUCCAUAAGCCAACCAGUUAGCGCAACAAAGCCUGAAGAUGCUUCCAGCAUAAAUAGUCUAAAAGGAGAGCCUGCGGCUCCUUCCACCCCCUCGAAACCCACAUCCAAACGUACCUCUAUCCUCGCCGCAUCGCCUCGCAUGAAGAAAAAGGUCCCAUGGAAGGGUAAGAGUGUCAUGAUCCUUAUUCCCAAGGAUGACGAGCGUGGGCAGCCGGGCAAGGCUCCACUGCCUCUCACCAAAUCCGAGGUCGAGGAGAGGAUGAGCAGUUGGAAACAACAGGGUCAUGAUAUAAGCGGCUUUGACUUGGAACCUCGAAAGACAUCGAUCGAUGAAUCCACUUCGCAGAGUCGAGGACCAUGGCCCGAUUUCGAUGAUUUAGUACAGGAGAGACAAGAGAAAAGCUGGAAAGUGCUUCUUCCCGACCUGAAUGCUUGGAAGAGAUACGUGGACGAGUUGACCGAAGCGAAGCUUAGAGCUCUGGGAGUAUCCCUUGGGGACGACGAGCCCCCUCAACCUUCAGUUUCUCCGUCCACGAGCAUGAGCCGACAGCCUUCGGUGGCCAAUUACCCCCCGCUCCCCUUCUCACCUCCGUUGCCGACAUCUUCGGCCGCCAGUGGGGGUAGCCUUCCGGGCUUUCCUUUCCAUGGCAUGGGGCCAUCGCCUACCAGCCCCGGUCUCCCCGCCGGCAUGUCGCCUGCCUCGUUUACGUCCAAGUAUAAUCCUCGGGCUUCUAUAUCGAUCCCGUCUCCACACGCCUGGUCUCAGCAGAUGAUGAUGCAACAACAUGGACAUCGCAUGGGUUCACCCUCGCUUGCUAAUCUCAACGCCAUGAUGUCUCCCAGCUCACCAUUUUCACCGGACGGUGGUCUCUUUAGUCCCAUGGGCCAUAUGGGCCAUAUGGCUCAUCAGCGCCAUCAGUCUUUGCAGUUACCCAUGUUCCAGCAUCAGCCUCAGCAGCAAUUCCAGCAUCAGCUCCAGCCUCAGUUUGCGCCGCCCCAACGAACAUCGUCGCGCUUGCAAGAUCUUCACGAAAUCGCUGAAGAAGAACCAGCUCAAGAUCCCGUGCGCGCUCCCGAAGUCGGCCUCCCCCAUCACAUUCCAGGCGAUGAUUUGCAAAGGGAAAUUGAUGAAGCUGAAUACCAUUUGGAAGAACAGAUGCGCUCGCAGCUCGAAAACGAUCAAGAUUACAGCCCGCACAGAGAGGAACAUACCAUCCCGCUGGUCAAUCCCCAUGCCAGAGACUCGUCAGUUCAAUUCGCUCCCCAGCAACCACAACUUGGUGCUACUUCGGACGGCCUUGUUUUGCAUCAUCCUAGACCGCAUAGUCGCGGACAUUCGCUGUCGCAGAAGUACUUUACCGAAGAAGACGUCUCUAAUAGUGGAGGUGGUUUUAGGCCUACCCUGCAGCCGAUUGACGGUCCGGCUGCUGAAGACGACGAAAUCGAGACGAAUCCGAGCAACCUAGGAACCCCCAUCCAAGCGCUCGAAUUCCAGAAGAUGAUGCAUCAACAUACCCUUUCUAAUGCUAGUAGCUCCUGGAGCGCAGGAAAGCCUGCGGUUGGCCCCGUUCCCAAGCAUGCCAGCCAUGGCAGCAAGUCUUCGUUGUCCAAGUUGAACGUGGAAGCGCCCGAGUUCAAGUUUAACCCCAACAGCUCCUUCACAUCGCAGUUUACCCCCCAGGUCGCCACGUUCUCUGCCGCUACCAGUCACUUCGCUGCUUCAGCACCCACGACUGGCGCUAUCAACCCCACUGCGUCCGUCUUCUCUCCGACCCAGAGCGAGUUUGGCCUCAAAUUCCGCCCGGAUGCGCCUGCGUUUACUCCUACUACUACGUUUGCAACGCCAGCCGCAGAUCCCGUGGCGGAAAGUGAUGCUAAGCCUGAGAGCUCUGUUGUUGGCGCUGAUGAACUGGGGAAGGCUGAGAUCGUCUUGCCCGUUAAGGAAAGCAAGGCUGUCCCGAUCCUGCCCCCAGAUGAAGACGCGCAAGAAGAGGGGAACAAGGAUGAGCUGGAGGGACAACUUGAUGGUGUUGUCUUCUCGAAGUUGGAUCAUCACAAUGUUGAACUUGACAGUGUGGCUCCUGCGGCGUCGGAAACUGCUGAUAGUUCUACCCCUGUGGCCGAGUCUAGGCCAGACAAGGACGGGGACGAAGACCUCCCGAUUGAGGAGAAGUCAUUUGACGAGUCUACUCAUGGUCACCCAGACAUGACCUUGUCUUCGACCAUGGCUUCUGAGACGACUGAUACCCAGGCGACCGUCAGCCCGUCAGAGCAGACUGCCGAUCCUAUGUCUUUGAACUGGACCCUUUCGGAGCUCAAGGAUCCUAACCCAUUCAGUGACGAUUCUGCUACUCAUGGUCACAAGAGAUCACUCUCUGCGGCUGCCUCGGAGUUUGUGCCUGGGAUGUCGACUCAGCCUACGGAAGUCACAGAUCUCGCUGCUGGCUCUUCUCAACAGCCACCUCAGCAGACGCCUGUUGUUGUUGAGGUUGCAGAGGUAGAGCACAUCGAGAAGGUCGCUGCUGAGCCUGAAGUGGUUACUGUGCCAUCGAAGCCUACUAAGGGGCUCGCUGCUUCUCGCUGGGCUCCUAAGCCACCACCGCCCAGGCGCGAAGGGUCCAAGAAGGAAGAGAGCACUGCAACUGGUGCUUCAGAACCUAGCUUUGACGACAUUGAUGCGGUCAUGCGCCACCUCAGUGCUAACCCGAAUAUGGGCAUCAGCAAACCCGCUGAUAGUCAAACUCAGUGGCACCAGCCUAGCCCGACUCGCCCCAUUCCUUUGGAGGCAGUUACGAACUCACCACCUUACCACCAAGAUGAAGAUAACUCUCGCAGUCCUAGCCCGAAUCCCCGCGAGUAUCUUCAACCGUCACAGCCGCCUCCUACAACCGAGCUGGAGGACCCAUUCCUCGAUCCGCCUACCAGUGCGCAGUUCAUUGAGGGGCCUGUCCACAACCUCAACGGCAGUGAAGACGUGCCAGUUAGCGACUGGAACGGUGAUUUCACUGAGGAUGAGCAAGAGAAGCUGGAGUCCCGUGUUACUUUCUUCAAUGGUCACGUCAAUGAUGUUGUUGGUGGUAUCCUGGAUAGCCGUCUUAGCCCACUGGAACAGACUCUUGAUACGAUCAAGCACUCACUAGCUGCUAUUUCGAGGAGAGCUGUUUCGAACCGCCGAGACGUGCGCAGUGCCUCUGCCGAGGUCCGCGAUAGCGACGCCGACGAUGAGGAUGAUGAUCUACCUACUACUCGUCGUUCCAUCAGCCCGCGUAGGGACCGUAAGAUGGAGCAAAUCAAGGCUGCUGUUAUGGAAGCCCUCGCUUCUCAGCAGAGAACCAGGCCAACUUCCUCUUCUGCCAAGUCGACUCUUGGCGAUCGCCCUGACGUCCUUCAGGCCCUUGAGGAGCUGAAGGCUCAAAUCACUCAGCCAAAGGCCUCCUCGAUCGGCAGCGAAGACAUCAAGAAGAUUGUUGAAGAGGUGGUGGAUAACCGCCUUGAGCCUACUGUGGAUGAGGCCAAGCAGGCCAAGGUUACUGGCCUUCAGGCUCGUGUUCUGGAGCUCGAGGAGCGACUCCGCUCUCAGGAGGCCAAGGUGGAGACGGAGAUUGCGGCCAGACGAGCUGCCGAGGACCGUGCGUCAGAUCUCACCCGUGAACUCCAGUCCGCUGCAACCAAGAUUGAGGUUGAAGAGAUGAACAAGAGCGUCUUGCACCAGCGGAUCGCCGACCUUGAGGAACGUUCUCAGCAGUUGGAAGGACAGGCUGAUAAGGAACAGAAGGGCCGGAGAGCUGCCGAAGACAAGCUCGCCGAAGUUGAACGCCUGCUCAAGCUUACCACAGAGGAAGAGAAGCGCCUCAAGAAAGAGGUGGAUGAGAAGGACCAUAAGAUCAAGGCAAUCGAGGCCGCCAACAACAAGGUCGCCAUGCGUUUGACCCAACUGGAAGCCGGCACCGAGAACACUCAAAAGUCUCGAAGCGAAGCACAGAAUCGGAUCAACAUGCUGGAUAAUGAGCUCCAGCAUGCUCGCAAAGAAGCUCGGCACUGGCGUUCUGAGGCUGAUAGAGUCAGCGAGCUUGCCAAGCGUCGUGAUGCUGACCUUUCCAAGGCCCUUGAUGAGAACAAGGCUCUGCAUAAGCUGAUCGAUACCCUCGGUACCCAGGUUCAGGAGAACGAGCGCGUCCGUGACAGCUGGCGCACCAAGUUCCUUGCCCUUCAGGAUGAAAUGGCUCACGCUGUUCGCCAAAUUACCGAGGAGAAUGCCAGGCGCACCAAGAGGGAGCAGACGUUGAUUGCUCGCCAGGAGGUCCUGGAUGCUAAGCUACAGGCCGAGGCCAGAACUCGUGAACGCAUCGAGACUGAGCUUGAGAGACUCGAGAUGAACGAACGCCAAGGCAUGCGGGCUGUUGCGGAGUGCAAGAGACUUGAGCAGCUGCUUGCGGAUAUGCGCACCGAGAAUCACAAGUUGCAGCAGAGCGCUUUGCGGUUCAAGGCCGAAUUCCAGGAAGCUAGGGAGACUGCUGCUCGCGAGAUUACGCGCACGCGCAAUGCCAUGCAAGCCGAGGUUGAGCAGGCCAAUCACCAGGUUAAUGCUGUCCGCAGGGAGCUUGAAGAUGAGCUUAACAGACUCAGAUCCCAGAUGGACCAGGUUAAGUUGGACGCCGACACAGCCAAGGCGCAGCACGACAUGCUCCUUGAGGAGGCUCAGAACUCGAAGAAGACGGAGCUUGAUGAGCUCAUGCGCAAACACCAGAACGAGGUAGAUGAUAUCCAAGCCCGUUAUGAACGUCAACUCAACAACACCACUGAGGACGCUCAGCGGACGGAGAAGAACCUCCUGGAUCGCUUGAGCAUCGAGACUUCCAAGGCCCAGCAUCUCCAGGACAAGCUCUUGCAUGUCGAGGAGAAGUUGGAGAUUGCCAAGGAAGCUGCCCGUGCCGCCGCCCAAGCUGCAAAGACUUCUGUGGCCGGUACUUCGGAGACUUACACUGCUUCCAAGUCCGCCUCCAACGAUGUCCAGCCUUCGGAGAGAAUCUCGCCCCAGGCCCUCCGCGAGUCCAUUAUGGUCCUCCAGGAGCAGCUCCAAGCCCGCGAGCAUCGCAUCGAGGAACUUGAGCAGCAACUCGAGAAGGUCGACCCCGACGCCGACAUCAAGAUCUCCAAGCGGGACGACGAGAUCACCUGGCUCCGCGAGCUGCUUGCCGUGCGCCACUCAGAUCUGCAAGACAUUAUCGGUGCUCUUUCCAGUGACGACUACGACCAGGACGCGGUCCGCGACGCCGCUAUCAGGCUCAAGGCCAACCUCCAGAUGGAGGAGCAGGAGCGUGAGCGCGCGAUGAACGGCGGUUCGGCUAUCAACCUGCCCAACAUUGCUGCUACGAUUAGAGACGCUGCCUCGCCGCGAGUUGCGCAGGCUGUCGGUCCUCUGGCUGCCGCCUGGGGUAACUGGAGGAAGGGCAAGGACCUGCCGGCUUUCGGUAGCUUGAGCAGUGUCCUGUCCGCGUCUCCUGCGCAGAGCCGUAACGUUACGCCAUCAAAGCCUGCUUCUUCUGGGUUCCGUGGCGGGAACCCGACGCCCCCGACAUCUUCUGGAUCCAAUGCUGGUUUGCGCAAAGCUUCCAACGCUUCUGUAUCCACGAUCAGGGGCACAGCCAGUCAAGCCCAGCAACAGCAACAAGCUCAGCCAACUGCUUUUUCAGCCACCGGCCGCAGGUUCACUCCCCAGGAACUGUCUAAGAGGGCAUUACGCCAGAAUCAGCACUACCAGCAGCGGUCUAGAGGCCCAUCCACAGCGUCUAUGCACUUCCCGCAGCAGCAGCAGGUGACUGAGGAGGAAUCGAGUGAGAUGGGAUUCGAGGAGGCUUCCCUGUCUCCUUCACCUGAUCCGUCUACGCUUUCGUUUGCUACUCAGACUGCUCAACAGCAUCAGCAUCGGAGGAAUAUCUCUUCCCCUAUGAUGGCCCCUCCUCCUAUGUCGAGGUCGGGCGGAAUGUAUGACAGUGAUGCAAGCCCGGUGGAGGAUUUUGAUGAUGAUGGGUUUUUUGAGGAUGAUUGA